AUGGGUGGUACUAACGAUGGUGCUCGUGGUGAUGUACGUAAUCCUGGUGCUACUGCUAAUGUACGUAGUGCUGAUGGUAAUGCUGGUGCAAAUGUUCCCGUACAUGAUGCUGGUGACAAUGCUGGUGUAUGUAAUGCCAAUGUUCGUGGUUGUGAUCAAGAAAUUACCUUACUUCAGCAACAACACACUCAACAACUGGCACAACUUCAACAACAACUUUAUCAAGGUGAAGAACAAGCUCCAAAUCAAUAA